CUUAUCAACUCUCACAAAACACAAACCAAAUCAAACGUUCCACAAUCUUCUCAUCAUGAUGUUCUUCAAGUCCGCCUUCGCCCUCUCGGCUCUCUUAGUCGUGGCAUCCGCCAUGUCAAUCCAACGCCUCCCAGUCCCCGCCCACGAAGAGAUGUCCAUCCUCCUCGCAACCGACGCAGUAGCCAGCCCUUUCAGAGCCGCCUCAUUCUCCGCCACCGCAUCCAGCUGCGAGAAAGAGGACGAGGAUGACUGCAAGGAGUUCUGCGGGCUCUCGGAGCAGACUGCUACUUGCAAGGCUAAUGGAAACAAGAUUACUUGUUUCUGUAAGGGAGGCAAGAGCGAGUCUAAGUGUGAGGAGAGAUGCUUGUUGUGCAUGCCCGAUAAGUCCGCUUUGGAAGAGGCGAGCCGUCUCUUUAAGUUGGGAGGUUCGAGAGUCGAUGAGCUUUGAGGGUGGGGAAUGGAUUAGAUAGGGUGAGGUUGUGAUGGCAUGCAUUUGUUUCGGUCACAUCCUGGCAUAGGGUACGUGCUGAAUUGCCGGUUUGAGCAGACUUUUAUCAUUCGUUAAAUUGUAUUGUAACAUUCAUGUCGACCAUGAUGCUCUCCUUCGUAUUCUAGGGUACCCAGCAUUCUCCACGUCUCUCCCAUCUUCUCUCCACCUUCUCCUACAUCCUCUCGCCAGUCCUCCCUCUCAACCUCCUCCUGAGCUUUACUCUGUUCUGGAUCAGCAUCGAAAGUAAUUUCCUUUUGCUGAACAGAAAUCCUUUCCUCCAAAUCGAAUAAAAUCUAGACGAGAGUGAUAGUGUACUUUGGUAUAUCAUCUUUGCCUGGUCGUUGAUCUGGUCCUAGAUCAGACUGGUACAUGGACUUGUCCAUCAGUGAACCAGGUUGGCGUAAAAGCCUCUUCACCAGAGCCCUAUAGGAUCUGAAAGUAAAAAUUAAAUCAAA